UGUUUGCCUUCUAACUGCAGAUACGAACUCUUUCUACCACUACAUGAACUCUGGAAACAAUAUAUCAGAGACCUCUGUUAUGGACUUAAACCAGAUGCGCAACCACAGAUGGUUCAGAGCAAACUGCUGAAAGCUGACCUCCAUGGAGCAGUUGUUACAGUCACAAAGUCAAAGUGCCCAUCUUAUGUUGGGAUAACAGGAAUAAUUCUACAGGAAUUUAAACACGUCUUCAAAAUUAUUACUAAAGACAACAAAUUAAAAGUUGUUCCCAAAAUUAACAACGUAUUUAGCUUGGAGACUGAUGGAUUCAUUUCCUACAUCUAUGGGAGCAAGUUCCAGCUUCGAGCAAGUGAGCGGUCUGCAAAGAAGUUCAAGUUGAAAGGAACUAUUGACCUAUGACUUCAUAGCAAAUCAAAAGGAAACUUAAGAUGUUUGCUGUUUUCCUGCAGUUUAAUAAACAGGUUUUCUGGCAGACUGAAAAUACAGUUAACUAGUAGAAAUUUUUAAGUUUUUCUUCAUACUGAAGAAUGACUGGUUUCUCUUGUCUUUAAAGCGGCCUGUCAAACUGCUGGAGUCUUAAUUGCAUCUUUUUGUAAAUUGUGUGUAAUGUUCUGCUUUUUAUUAAACUUGUGAUUAGUACUGAUUA